CUUCUAGCCGGAUUUGCGGAUGUGUGUCUAGCUGGAGGCACUGAGGGGCCCCGGUGCUAGCAGUAGGCAGAAGUGAGCUGUGACAGGAGCUGCUUGGAGAUGCUGCUAUGGCUGCUGCUGCUGCUGCUGCCGCCGCUGUUCCUGCUCAUCCUGCUGUUCCUGCUGCUGCUGCUGCCCCCAUUGGCCAUGCUAGGACAGAGGUCUCAGGAGGCUGACCUGUCCUGGCUUGCCAGCCUCCAGCACUGUGUAGCAUGGAGGGUCCUGAGCUGGGCAGCCACCUGGCAGCAGCAGAGACUGGAACAUAAUACACUACACGUGGGCCAGAGCCAGCAGCAGGCCCUGAUGUGGUGUCUGCAGAGAGCCCAGAGUCCCCUCUGUCCCCCCACAGAGAGCACAGGUACAGAUAUGAGCAUCUUCCGGAAUCAUCUCCCUUUGACCAAAGUCAGCCAGGCUCCGGAGGAAGAAAAUGGGAGGCAGCUCCUGCCUCCUACUUCAAACCAGUACCAUGGGGAGGCCUCUCUGCAGGCCACUUUGCUGGGUCUGGUAGCCCUAAACAAGGCCUACCCAGAAGUGCUGGCUCCAGGAGGCACUGCCCGUGUGACCCCUACGUCCCCAUGGCCCAGCCCCCUCCCCUGGCCUGGGCAUAUCCUGGACCAGGUGAGCCCCCCUGGAACCAAGGACCCUGGGGCCCUGCUGCUGGAAGCACUGAGGUCCCCGGGGCUGAAGGCACUGGAGGCCGGAACAGCAGUGGAACUCCUGGACGUCUUCUUGGCCUUGGAGGCUGAUGGUGAAGAGCUGGCUGAGGCCAUAGCUGCUGGGACCUCAGGAGUGCCUCUUCCCGGUCGGGCAGCUGAGCUACGGGAGGCUCUAGAGCAGGGACCCCGAGGAUUGGCCCUUCGGCUCUGGCCAAAGCUGCAGGUGGUGGUGACUCUGGACGCAGGAGGCCAGGCUGAGGCUGUGGCUGCCCUUGGGGCCUUGUGGUGCCAAGGGCUAGCCUUCUUCUCUCCUGCUUACGCUGCUUCUGGAGGGGCGGUGGGCCUAAACCUAUGGCCAGAACAGCCCCAGGGGCUCUACGUGCUUCCCCCUGGACCCCCUUUUAUUGAGCUGCUUCCAGUCGAGGAAGGAGCCCAAGAGGAGGCCCCGUCUACCCUUCUUCUGGCUGAGGCCCAAAGGGACAAGGAGUAUGAGCUGGUGCUGACUGACCACAUCAGGCUUGCCAGGUGCCGCCUGGGUGAUGUGGUACAAGUGGUUGGUGCCUAUAAUCAGUGUCCGAUCGUCAGGUUCGUCUACAGGCUGGGCCAGGCCCUGAGUGUUAGAGGAGAAGUUACUGGAGAGAAUGUGUUCUCUGAGGCCCUGGGCCAGGCGGUGGGCCAAUGGCCAGGAGCCAAGCUGUUGGACCACAUCUGUGUGGAGAGCAGCAUUCUGGAUUCCUCUGAGGGCUCUGCUCCGCACUAUGAGGUGUUUGUGGAGCUGAGGGGGCUAAGGAAUCUGUCGGAGGAGAAUCGAGACAAGCUUGACCACUGUCUUCAGGAAGCCUCCCCUCGCUACAAGUCCCUGCGGUUCCGGGGCAGUGUGGGCCCUGCCAGAGUCCACCUGGUGGGGAAGGGGGCCUUCAGAGCCCUCCGGACAACGCUUGCUGCCUGCCCCUCGUCCUCCUUCCCUCCUGAGAUGCCCCGGGUCCUUAGGCACAGGCAUCUGGCCCAGUUCCUGCAGAGGAGGGUGGUGUCCUAACCUAGACUGCCUGGCUGUCUUUGGAGGUCGCCUUGCUCUUUCCUCUGGGGUCUCCCUGCAUGGGGAGUUCUUGAUCAGAGACCUUCACCUGCCAUCAGCUUUUCAGAGCUGCUGGGCCUUAGAAAGACCUUCGCCGAGUUGGCCAGCUCUGAAGUGAAGGUUUGAAGGGUAUAGCAGAGAUCCCUGCCCAUAUCCCUCUGGGCCCCGCUAAAGGACACUUCAGUGCUUCCUGUGUCCCAGCUUGACAGUGCUCUCCGGCUAUACCCUUGGGCCUGACUAGUGCACAGGGUGGGAUGAAGGUAGGGGGAUGGGGUCAUGGCCCCAGGAGCAACAGGAGUUGAUGAAUAAAGACCUCAGCACCAUUGUUCCUAAGUGGGACAAUUUUUAUCUCUUGGGGUUCACCUUCCAGGUGGUGUUCCUGUCCUUUACAGCAAUAACCCAUUCACUGAUGUUUCUGUUAUCAGUUCUUCUUCUUCCCUGUUCCCUCAUUGUAUUUCCUGGAUUUUCUCCCAAAUAAACCAUUUGCACCCAGA